GCUCCCCUAGACACUUGCAAAGCUCACCAUCCAUAACUUGGAAUUUUUAAGCUGAAACCCAGAUUUUAAUUCACAGCAAAGUUUCACAGAUUUGGAAGAAUAGAAGACUCCACAACAAGAUGAAUUACUGGGUGUGGACAUUGUAUAAAGACUGCAAAUCUGAAAGUUUUACAUAUCUGUGUUCCACCAUUGCAGCCCUUCUUCCAACACUUGUCAGUUCCUAGGACAAUGAUAUAUCUCAUAACAAUUCACAGAUUUCUUUCAUGGAGAAUAUUUCAGAGGUGAAUGAAUUUAUUCUUGUGGGGUUAACAAAUACUCCAGAGCUUCAGGUUCCUUUAUUUAUCAUUUUCACUCUCAUUUAUUUGAUCACACUGACUGGGAACCUUGGCAUGAUCAUAUUGAUUCUACUGGACUCCAGACUCCACACUCCCAUGUACUUCUUCCUCAGUAACCUCUCCCUGGUGGACUUCAUUUAUUCCACAGCAGUCACUCCCAAAGUAAUGGAAGGGUUUCUCACACAAAACAAGGUCAUAUCCUACAAUGCAUGUGCUGCUCAGAUUUUCUUCUUGAUAGCCUUUGCCACUGUUGAAAGCUUCCUCCUGGCUGCAAUGGCUUUUGACCGGCAUGCAGCAGUGUGUAAGCCUCUACAUUACUCAACCUCCAUGACAAGUACCACAUGUGUCCUAAUUGUUACCUGUUGCUACAUCAGUGGAUUGCUCCAAUCAUCCAUUCAUGUUGCUUUCACUUUCCACCUCUCCUUCUGCCAUUCCAAUGUGAUUAAUCACUUUUUCUGUGAUAUUCCCCUAAUACUUGCUCUGUCAUGUUCUGAUACCCACAUAAAUGUGAUUAUAGUCUUUAUGUUGGCUUCAUUUGAUGUUGUUUUUGCUCUCUUGGUUAUUCUGAACUCUUACCUACUUAUUUUCAUUGCUAUCUUGAGGAUGCAUUCAACAGAGGGCCGAAAGAAAGCCUUCUCAACCUGUACAUCACACCUCACCACUGUUUUUCUGUUCUAUGGGACAAUCAUCUUCAUGUACUUACAACCCAACUCCAGUCACUCCAUGGACAGAGACAAAAUGGCGUCUGUGUUUUACACCAUGAUCAUCCCCAUGUUGAACCCUCUGGUCUACAGCCUGAGAAACAAAGAGGUCAAGAGUGCAUUCAAAAAGUUUUCUGGAAAAGUACUUUAUUUACUGGGCUUAAUUAAUUAA